AUGGCGUUCGAUGACGAUGAAACCCCCCUCGUUAGCGGGCCGGCCCCUGCCCCAGCUGGGAAAGACGACGACGGCGCCGUCAUGGAGGAUGCGCUGGAGGACGGCAUGCCCGACUACAAGCUCUUCGCGUCCAUGUUCGAGAAAAAGGGCGUCUCGGGCAAGUCGAUCCGCAAGGGCGAAAAGGACUUCGAGUCGCACGGGACCCGGGCGCAGGACAACGCCCUCGAGUCAAGCCGCAAGGCCAUGGAGGAGGUUCUGGGCUACACCAGGACGCACCGGGCGGACGCCUGGUCCAGGGGCUGGUUCUUCCCGGACUGGUGGGCGCAGCAGUCGGCAGACGACAGCCGCGACGCGUGGCUGAGGCACCGCGUCGUCGUCGUGGAGCACGAAAAGGGGAGCUGGAUGAAGGAUAUUGGGCGCACCGUGCCCGGCACCAAGCAGGACCAGCCCGGCGUCGGCAGACUGUGGCUGCUCCCGGAGGAGGCGCUCUACCUGGUCGAGAGAGGGACCCUCGACUUCUGGUGGCCCGACGUGCAGCUACAAGAUCUCGAGGCGGCCUACGCGCUGCUCGUCGGCCUCGACGGGGAGCAGGGAAAGACGUCCUUGCCAAAGUACCAGGUCUUUGCCCAUCUCAAGCGAGCAGGCUUCCACGUCAUGCGAGCGCCGCCCGAAUCACGGCCAGCGCAGGAGUCGCCCCCGUCCCCGGCUACCCUCUGGCAGUGGCUCUUCUCUCUUGUCAGCUGGGAGAGGAGGCCGAAGCAGAACCCCCUCGGCCCGCUGGUCUCGUCGGGCAUCUACCGAGCCUACGGGCCCAUCUACCAACAACUGGCUAUGCUUCCCCGUCACCGGCCGAUGGCCGUCCCGCCAGCCGCCAGCGACGCGCCCCAGGAGCCAUUCCGCGUCAACUUUCACGUGUGGAAGCCCGGCGGCGCGCCCUUUUCCAAGAAGAACCCGCCGCCCCCGCACUUUCGCAUCGCCGUCGCAGACACGAGCAACUCGGAAGUGCCGACGCUGGAGCAGAUGGAGGCGCUGCUCGAGUCGACGCCGCUGGAUCCGCCGGGCGAGGGACUGCAGGGACCGGGGAGGCUCUACCAGCGGAUCAAGCACGGACACCGGAACGUGCUCGUGGCCGUGGUGGACCGGGGGCUCGUCAACUUUAUGAGGUUUGGAGAGGCCGUCUUUGGGGAUGAGAAGCUGUACGAGCGGUUCGACAAGCGAGGUGGAGGCGGCAGAGGGGUGGAGAUGAAGAGGUGA